UCGGAGCGCCUCCUCGUCGACGGCACAGGCGCAGUGGAGGUCGGGCGGAGUUGUGGGAGGGGAGGAGGAAGAGCGGGAGGGGGGCGGGAGCCGGUCCCAGAAGAUGGCGGAGGCGGGGGAUUUCUGGUAGGUCCUCUUUUAGGACAAGAUGCUGUAACUGUAGGAUCACCGGCCUGCUUCGAUUCACAGACAUUUGGUUUUUCUGCUGGGAAGGCUUUUUUUUUUUUGUCUUGCCGGUUUACUGAACUUAUGAAACCAUGGCAGAAGGAAAGACAGAGUCGCCUGGGCCCAAAAAGCGUGGCCCCUAUAUUUCAUCUAUCACUAGCAGGAGCGUGAACUUGAUGAUUCGUGGAGUGGUGCUGUUUUUUAUUGGAGUAUUUCUUGCAUUAGUGUUAAAUUUACUUCAGAUUCAGAGAAAUGUGACGCUCUUUCCGCCCGACGUGAUCGCGAGCAUCUUUUCUUCAGCGUGGUGGGUGCCGCCCUGCUGUGGCACAGCCUCAGCUGUGAUUGGGUUAUUAUACCCCUGCAUUGACAGGCAUCUAGGAGAACCACAUAAAUUUAAAAGAGAGUGGUCCAGUGUGAUGCGGUGCGUAGCCGUCUUUGUUGGUAUAAAUCAUGCCAGCGCUAAAGUGGAUUUUGAUAACAACAUACAGUUGUCCCUCACACUGGCUGCACUCUCCAUUGGACUGUGGUGGACAUUUGAUAGAUCUAGAAGUGGUUUUGGCCUUGGAGUAGGAAUUGCUUUCUUGGCAACCUUGGUCACUCAACUGCUAGUCUAUAAUGGUGUUUAUCAAUAUACAUCUCCAGAUUUUCUCUAUGUUCGCUCUUGGUUACCGUGUAUAUUUUUUGCUGGAGGCAUAACAAUGGGAAACAUUGGUCGACAACUGGCAAUGGUGGAAUCCAGACUUGGUCAGUAUUAAAUACCUCUCUGAUCUUGGCUCACAGUGGAGUACAGCUGACCCUUGAAACAAUGUGGGGGGUAGGGGUGCUACCCGCACCCAGUCGAAAAUCCAUGUAUAAUUGUUGACUCCCCAAAACUUAACUACUCAUAGCCUUACCAAUAACAUAAAUAGUUGGUAUCAUAUACUGUAUUCUUGUAAUAAAGAUAGAGAAAAUAAAAUGUUCUUAAGAAAAUCAUAAGGAAGAAGAAAUGCAUUUACAGUACUGUACUCUGUUUAUCAAAAAACAAUGCACGUGUAGGUGGACCCGUGCAGCUCAAACCUACGUUGUUGAAGAAUCAAACUGUGUAUUCUUCAGAAGGUAGUUCUUCCAGUGAUGGUCUGUGUGUAGCAGAGUCCUAGCUUUAUGCAUCUGGAAGAGUGCUCUUUUCUCCCAGAACAUCUUAUCAGGCCUUAGAAUUCUAGGUUCCUGGUUUCCCACUGCUCCCAUCAUGCUGAAGACUUUUAACUCAUUGUUUAUGCACUUUGAAUCUGUGUGCUCAACAUCUUCAAUUCUGGAAACAUUUUAAAUCUGGCUGCCUAUUGGAAUUAUACAGAAAUUUGUAAAGAAUGCUAAUGCCUGGCUUCCACCUUUGGAGACUCUAAAAUCAUUGGCCUGUGGUAUGCCCCGCACUUUAGGAUCUUCAUAAAUUCUGCAGGCGGUUUUAAUGUGCAGCCCAGAUUGCCACUCAUUGGUGUGGAUUCGUGUGAGAUGAAGAGCAUGUUUGAGGUCAGAGAGAUAUUGUAACUUGGGGAACAAAGAGCAAGGGAAACAUUGGCAUACAUUUUGGACUAGGUCAUCUGAACUUGAUGACGUGAGCGUGGAGGUGAAGGAAGAGGAAGUGUGACUUAAUGUUUAUUCUUUGGAAAACUAGGUGGAUGGCAUUUCUGUAAACCAAAGAGGAAUAUAGGGAAGCAGAUGAGUGAGUAAAGUUAGUGAGUCUAGUUUGAUAAGUUGAGGUCCAGGUAUGUCAGGGACGUCUGGUAAAGAUGCGUCAUAAGCAGUCAGAUAGUUGAGUCUGGGUUAUUGGAUGUAAAUGGGGGAGGUCAUUGUUGGCAUAUGUCCAUGGUCCUUGAAGCUGUGGGCAUGGGUGUGAUCCCCUAGGGAGCAUGUUACCGUGAAGGGAGACAGAUCUGAGGCAUGCUGGCAUGUUAGCAGAGGGGUUGGAGGAAGUGGGGAGGGUGCUGUCACAAGUGGGAGGAGAAAGAGAAGAGUGAUGUGGUUCAAGCCAGAGCAGAAGGCAGUUCCAGACAGGAGAGCUGGUAGUAUGAAGUGCAGUUGGAAGGAAUAACCAACCUUAGAGAUAAAGGAGAUGUAUGGUUUAUGUUGAAAAGUGCUUUUCUUUUUUUGUUUUUUAAUGUUUAUUUAUUUCUGAGACACAGAGAGACAGAGCAUGAGUCGGGGAGGAGCAGAGAGAGAGCGGGGGGACACAGAAUCCGAAGCAAGCUCCAGGCUCUGAGCUGUCAGCACAGAGCCUGACGCGGGGCUCGAACUCACAAACCGCGAGAUCAUGACCUGAGCCAAAGCCAGACGCUCAACUGACUGAGCCACCCCGGUGCCCCGAAAAAUGCUUUUCUUAACCUAUUGUAUCUUCACAUUUAAAAUAUUUCAUUGUAUACUAAUAGCUCUCAAAAGAUAUUUGGGAAACGCCUGAUCAUAUACUAAGCCAUUUAUUAUGAGCGAGGGGAGCUGAGGUGAGCUAGAGGACUUUGAAAGAUGGUGGAGGUUUGGACAGCCUCUAUGAAGAAUGGACACAGGGACUGACAAAAGAUGAAGAAAGAAUUUCUAGAGGGUUUUGAGUCCAUCAAGGACUCAAGUGAGGCCCCAGAUGAGACACUUGACAUGGAGCCAACAGUCAACUUGGUUAUGCCAUGUCUGGGGGCUCAGUAGCCCAGGAGUUAGGGCAGUUGUGAUGGCAGAGAUUGAUUCUAGUUAGGAAUUUGUUGGAAGACGUGGCAUAACGGCCAUGUGAGAAAUUAACGGAGGCCUAACAAAAGAUCAGGAGUCUUGCUUGGGAUCCAGGCAAAUUGGAGAAGGAAGGUGAACCAGCAGUGCUGACCUGACAGUGUGAAAGAAUCAGGUAAGCUACAAGGACUGCACAUCUUGAGGUAAAAAACAUUUUUUCUAAGAAGGUCAUAGGCUUCUACAAAUAGAGUUUGUGGUCAGCAGUUUAGUGGAACGUUUCCAACUCUUGAGGUCCAAGGUGCGAUGUAAACAACUUUGUUCACAUAGUUCCCUUAAGUGGGUGGAGAAGCACAGCAGCGGAGUGGAGACCCAAGGCCUGGGUGACCAGCUGUUAACAGUGGCGUUGGUGUUACCUGGAAAAAUCUCAGAGGUGGGGUGGAAAGAAAGAUCUGAUCUGUAGUCCUCCUGACCAUGUGAAUGAAAUACUUAUCCAGCUGCCUUGAUUGUAUUGGGAUUUUAAUUAGAGUCCUUUCUCCCUUCUUUUAUUGAUUUAUUUUUAGGGUUUUUUUUUUUUUUU